AUGGAAGGAUCACUAGUUCCUAAUUUGGGGGUGAGAAAAGGUUCUUGGACUCGGGAAGAAGACAACCUCCUCAAGCAGUGCAUUCAAGAGCUUGGAGAAGGAAAAUGGCACCAAGUCCCUCCCAAAGCAGGAUUAAACAGAUGCAGGAAAAGUUGCAGACUGAGAUGGCUCAAUUAUCUGAGGCCAAACAUAAAGAGAGGGAGCUUUACUGAAGAUGAAGUUGAUCUUUUUGUCAGGCUUCACAAGCUGCUAGGCAACAGAUGGUCACUAAUUGCGGGUAGGUUUACAGGGAGAACAUCAAAUGAUGUGAAGAACUACUGGAACACCCACCUGCGGAAGAACAAAGACAAAGUACUGAAAGCUCAAAGCGCCGCCAUGGAGACGACCAAAACCAAAACCAUAAGACCAGAGCCUCGGACCUUCCCGAAAAAUAUCCCGUGGAUGAGGAGCAAAACCCCCGUUAUUAUGGAAGAUAUCCGAACAAGAGAAGACGAUCCCCUCACCGCUGGGCCCUCUCCAACGCCGGAAAUUAACAGUAGUCCUGUUGAAUCCCAAGCUAAAGAUGAUGAAAAUAUCACAUCCUUGGAAGAUAUUGGGCCAUUUCAAGAGGCUUUUAUGGGGGCAGUGGAGUGAUGGUCUGUGUCUGACACCUGGUUUACAGCAGCUGGCCGCUGAAAGCUCUGCUAUGGGACUGGAAGAACUAACCGA